AAAGGCAGAAAAAACAGUCAAAACAAAAACAACAACUACAACAGCAGGCAAAUAAAGCCCGGCAAUCAUUUUAGUCGUGCCAGUUUGUUUAUUAAAUAUACUACGUAAAGCGCAUAAAAAACACAGACAGUCAAAUACACACACACACACACACACACACACACACACACACACACACACACACACUCGCACAGUCUAACAAGCUUGCCUGCAAACGUGUCUCAAAACAGACGACCAGCUACCCUGUAAAAACUUGGCAACUUUUUGUAAAUAAAUAUUAAUAAAAAAAAAAAAGAAGAAAAUUCCUAGAGCUAAUAAGAAAAUGCCUCCCAUGUGGUGGAAACUGAUCAAAAUUAUGCUGCUGCUCUUCGCGCUCUUCGCCACGAUAGUUUGUAUCAAUAGCGAAAUGUCGAAGCGACGCAGCGAGGCAGCCGCUGCAGAGGCCAACAGCAGCUCCAAUGAGACGAUGUCCUUUGUCUCCGACAAUCUACUGAACAUGAUGCGCACCAAGGCGCAGGAGCAGGACCCAUCCAAGGAGCAGCAGCCGCAACGGGAUCUAGGCGAGGUGGAGCUGCCCGCCGAGGAUAUUGACGAGCGCGUCCGUUCCAUAUUCAAAGUGCACGAUGGCCAUGGUGUGAUGCUUUUUAAUAGCACCGCACAGCAGCAGCCACCGCAGCAGCCGCCGAAGCAGCAGCAGCCACAGCAGCCACAGCAGCCGCGUCGCCCCAUCUCAGACAUUAUCGUGUUUCCCGACUCUUUAGAUAAGUAUCGACCAGCCCAACCGGCGCCCAUCGAUACUGGGGAUCUACAGUGCGUGGAUGGGUUCAAUCAGAGUCGCUCCUUUUGCACCAAGGUGAACAACUAUCCGGAUUUGUCCGGCCUGACGGGCAUAUUGUCGCGUCGCUUUGCCAAUUUCUUCAGCGACGAGCCGCAGCCCACGGACUUCGGACUGCGGAUGAACGAUGACGAACAGUAUUUGUGCAACAGCCAUGUGCGGUACUUGUACCCAAAAUUGGGCCAGAAAUUGGAUCAGACCUGGCAGUAUAUAGUCAACACGGAUAAGUUCAAACAGGGCAUACUCAUCGAGGAGUGCGAUCACGAGGGCGAGAGCUGCCAAUUUCUGGACAGCUUUCCCAACAACUAUGUGCCCGUCUGCAAGCAGCACUAUGUGAUACGUCAUCUGGCCACCAUCAACAAUGACAGCAGCGGCCAGCCCGAGGUGGCCAAUGAGCCCUUCAAGAUACCCUCCUGCUGCAAGUGCGUCAUAAAGAGCAAAUUCUCGGUAGAGAGCAAACCCUGAGACUAAGCAAAAACCAAUCUGAAUGUUGAUUUUAGGAUGUCGAGCCAAUCUCUGCACAUGUGAUUUUGAUCAACAAGUUUCACCCACCACAGAAUGGCAGGCCAAACUGUCUAGGGUCUUAUUGUUUUUAUAAUCCGUAGACUAGUUGUUUUAUAUGCACAUAAAACGUAUCUUAAAAUAAGUAUAAAUAAUCAGUACUAUACCUAAUGCCUAAUAAUAAUUGCAAAAACUCAUUGAUUAGCCAUAAAUUUAUUAUAAGGUUUAGUAUUUACAAAAUAUUACUUAUUGACGCUGCGCUUAUGCUGAAAACAAAUUCAUGUCGUACUUUUCCACUCUGCUUAAUUUCCAUGUAAAGUCUAGAAUAAAUGCAUGUAAUUAGUCUUAGUUAUAAACAAAAAAAAAAACAGAAAAAAUAA